AUUGACGGGGGGCUAGUUCAGUGUUUUAAAAAUGUUUAAUUUAAUGCAGCAUAUUUUUUCAAUAUUGCGCAUGUUUUGACGUUCAUCCCGUCAACAUACUGGAUACCAGACGACGAGCCUAACUACGAAGAUUUCAUAAGGGCUUGAUGUGUGGUUCUGCAUGUAGGUAUGGAUGAAGGAACCCUUGAAGCAGCGAUCAGUACCUAUGGUGCCCAAUUGCAGCAGGUGGAGGCGGCCUUGUUGGCGGGCCUGGACCCAUCUCAGCAAUCCGACUUGCUUAAAUUAAAAGAAGACCUUUGUCAGCUGAUAGAGCUUACUGAGGCCAGCCUGGUGUCUGUCAAAAAGAGUAAACUUCUGGCCAGUCUUGAGGAAAGCAAUGGACUUGAGGCACAAGAACCAGUAGUUCACACAAACAGUGCAAACAACAGCUUGGACGCUGAGUUUGAUGCAUUCUACUCUGAGCUGGGGGAGUCAUCAGAGAGUAGUUCUGAAACAAGAGAGAAGGCCAAAGAGGGAAAAUAUGGAGGAGAGGAGGAUGGUGAAGAAUUAGAGGAGGAGGACGAAGAAGAAGGUGACCUCAGUGGUACCAAAGUGAGAGCACCGUACAGGACAGCAUGGGGGACACUGGAGUACCACAACGCCAUGGUAGUGGGUCCUGAGCCACCAGAGGGAGAGGAGGCUCAGGUUAGGGUGCUGUAUGUGUACCCCACCCAGAAGUCUAUGAAACCAUGUCCAUUCUACUUGGAGGAUAAAUGUCGGUUCCUGGAUAACUGCAGGUUUUCCCACGGAGAGGUGGUGUGUGUGUCUGAGCUCAGAGAGUUCUUGGAGUCUGACCUCAGUAAUCUUCAAGAAGGAUCACCCUGUCUGGCUCGAAACAAGGAUGGCAUCUGGUACCCGGCCAAAAUAAAAGAAAUUGACAGUGGUUUCUACACUGUGAAGUUUGACUCGCUGCUGCUCAAAGAUGUUGUGGUCGAGGCCGAUGGGGUUAUUCCUCCUUUGAGAGAAGAUGAGCCGCUCUCAUCUGAUUCUGACCAGGAUAACGCUGGAGAUGAUGCAGCCUAUGCCAGAGUUUUGGAAUCCGCUGCAGAAUCCACAUUAUCGUUAAAUGCUUCUCAUUUUGGUGGCUGGGAAGCACAUACCAGAGGCAUCGGAUCCAGGCUUAUGCUGAAAAUGGGAUAUGAAUAUGGGAAAGGCUUAGGGAAGACACAGGAGGGCCGACUGGAGCCGGUGAUGGCAGUGGUCCUCCCCAAAGGUAAUUCUCUGGACCAGUGUGCAGAGCUCACUCAGAGACGGACCCAGAGCAAAGCUGCAAAAGAAGGCAAACAAACUGGACUGCCAAAGAAAGGCAGAAAGCCUCGGGCUCGUGCCACUAGUGAGCGCCAUACCGUUUUCGACUUUCUUAACCACAAGCUUGGACGCAAGCACUCCGGCCCUGCGGAGGAGGGUGCUGGCGCAGUGUCAGCAGUGACUGGGGAGGACGCCUAUAGAGGAGAUAAAAACACUAAGAGGAGUCUGAAUGUGAAGCUGUUCCAAGCUGCUCAGAGAAUUUCUCAGACCGAGAGAGAGAUCCAAAAACUGACUGAGUCACUUGACAGACAAACAGGCAGGGAUGCAUCCAGAGUGAAGCAGCUGGAGGAGAAGCUGUCAGGGGCACGCACGCUGCUGGCCCAGCAGAAAGCCCAGGAGCUGUCCAUCCAGAGUGCACACAAAAAGGCUGACACGCACAAGAAAAUGACUGAGUUCUAAAACUCACUUCUGUCAAACAGACCUGGAGGAAAAGAGGAAGUGCUGAAGUUUUUGCCUCUUGACUGUCAGUGAUCAUCCUCCUCUUGUACUGUUGUAUUUGCAGCACUGAGAAAAAAAAUUAUGUUUUUGUGUCUUCAUUGUGAACUGUACUGCAGUGGAGCUGAUGAUCCUUACUGCAUUUUACAUGUGUUUUAAAGCUACAGUGUGUAGAUUUAAUGUCUUCUAGUGGUGAGGUUGUAGACUGCAUUAUUGUGUCGCCAAUCACAAUUUUGUUUCCCUUAAUGUUUUCACUUCUCUGUUACAAUAAGCAAUAUGUAUGGUCCUCAGUUGCACAAAAAUGUGGGUUCUCAAACUAGUAGGGUCGGCCCUGAUUAACCACUCUGUAAGUCUGAUGUGGAAAUUUGGCAUACUUUCAUGGGCUUUUUUCCCUCAAAUAUCAGAAACAGAUUUAAAAAAUAAAUAAAUAAAUUACUCCCCUCCCCCACCCCCCCAAAAAUCUUCUGGUCGGCUCCUAAUGAAAAUACUUUUAAUAUAUAAUGGGGACGUGUUGGGAUGUCAUCGGUUUCCACACAUCAGACUUACAGAGUGGUUAAUUAGCGCCGACCCAUCAGUACACAGUGUAUCGAGGAACAACCGCUUCAGUUUUCUGGCUGUGCUGCAAACGGUGGAGUAAAUAUGGCAGCCUUCAUUAGGGGGCCCACUCCCAUAUAGACAUGAAGGGCUCAUUCUUAUUUCAUGAAAACACAUCAGUUGGUUGUUACAGGUAGUUACAGCAUACGUUCAUUAUGGUUAUAAAUGCUGUGUUCCAUUUCUGUCAAUACAGACUCCUAAAUCCUACAUACUGUAGCUUUGAGGACUGAGCAGUCACAUCUAUGAAGUUGUUGUAUUUCAUAUAGUAAAUUUGAGACUUGCACCAAAAAAA